GCUAACGAGACAAAAGGAAGCUGUUACUCUAACGACUUGUGCGACAAAGUCUACUUCAAACAUGGAUUUGGUGGAGAAGUUAAGGCAAGAGCAAGAGGAAAUGAGGAUUGCGGUCGAUCGGAGAUUUGCGAUGAUGGAAGAACGCAUUCAAGAGCUUACCAAGGGAAAAGAAGUUGCGGAAGGCAACGCAGAGAUGUGGAAAGCGGAGGCGGUUAGACCGGGGAAUAAGCGUGAAAAUGUUGUUUUGGAGACUCCAGUACCGCAAUCUCGUGUGCUCAUGCGGAGUUCUCCAGCAAACACAGGCAGCGUGACCCGUGUGGAAAACGCAAGGACAGAGUCUAGAGUCAACCCGCUGCUGAAAGGGGUGGUGGAAAGACAUAAAAUGGAGGUGAAUGUUUUGAAAGAAAUGAGGUUGACGAAUGCGAAUGGGAGAAUUGAAGCUGAAAAGGAGGUUGAAAGACUAAAGGAAGCUAUGGCGAAGUUGGAAAUGGAGAAGGAGCAGAGAGGGACUAAUUUACGGAAUCGACUGGAAGAAGUGGCGGGACCAUCUACUUACAAGCCGCCUUGCUCAUCUUCUAAGAAGAAACGGAUUGAGAUAUCGGGAGCAGGAAUUAACGAGCUAGAAGCCUUUGCACAGCAGGAGAGGAAGAAUCUCCGAAAGAAGAAUAAGGAAGAGAUCCAGAAAAUUUGAAGAGAUGAGGGGAUUGUCUAUACCACUUUAGAACCGACCAAGGAAGAGAUCGUUUGUUUGAGAACUGCAAGAGCCUUUGGACAGGGGGAACACGACAAAGAUGGUUGAGAAAUUCGAGGAAUAUCGUGCGGCCUGAUAGAUGCGAUUUGAUUGGAUCACUGAGAAGACAAAUCAGGAAUGCAUUCACUAACCAUGGCUGCGUACCCGAUAUAAGCCAUGACUUCCUCUGUGCGGAUAAUCUCAAGGGUUGCCUCCUUGGUCAUUGUUUAGAUGGAAGUUUCUCUGGUGCGGUAGUUCCAAGCGUAAUAUCGAAAAGAGAAAUGAAGGAGUAUAAACAUG